UACCUAUUGUUCUUCGUACAACUUGAAGUUGGUUGUGAAAAGAAGAAACAUGGCGGACAACGAUGUCAACGGUGAUUCCGAUGAGGUUCAGCAGGAGAAAUCACAGAAAAAGGCUGCGAAAUAUGAUAGCGGAGCGGCGGAUUUGGAAAAAGUUACAGAUUACGCGGAGGAGAAAGAAAUAUCUUCCUCUGAUGGAUUUUCUUGCGCGUUGAGCUUGAUCGGAGACCAAAGAAGUAAGGAAGCAGCGGAGAAGAAGGCCAGAGAAAAGGAAUUACUAAAAGUUCCUAUUAAAAAGGAAGAUGUUGAUCUCAUUAUAAAAGAGAUGGAAAUCAGUAGGAGUACCGCGGAGCACACACUCAGAGAACACAGAGGAAACAUUGUGGAAGCAUUGAUUACGUUAACAAACUGACUGUACAGUACCAGCUCUAAGAGAACGAAUUACACAAACUCCAAUUCCAUUGUAAAUUAUGUGGUCUUAGGAAUUGUUAUGACUUUGGACUAUUAAUAUUUAUUCGUACAUAUUAUAAAAUAUAUUCUAAGCGAUUCUGUA